GUGUCCCUGGGCGGUAGUGGUGGCAACGGAAGCGAAGAGGCAGGUAGUCGGCGGUCACGGGAGCGAGCGGCGACAUGUUGUCGAAGUCGAAUCCCGUGUGAGAAAAUACGUGCGCGCGUGGCGAGCGAGUUUUUCUCGACGCGCGACGUCGUCCCUCGAGUGUUUGUGUGUGCGUGCGAUUAUAAAACGCGCGCGUUCCUCCUCUCCACCCCUGGAUUUAUACGAUAUACGAGUGGGUGCGACGCGAUAUAAUAUAGGCUGAGGAGAGCGCCGCUACAUGUGAAGUGUCCCAGGGAUCAUUAUUUCGCGCUUUACCCGGCCCAGCAAACAUGAGCUGGGGCACGGAGCUCUGGGAUCAAUUCGAGAAUCUGUCCCUACACACGCAAAAAGGGAUAGAGUUUCUCGAAAGGUAUGGCCACUUCAUACGCGAUCGGUGUGCAAUCGAGUUUGAAUAUGCAGCAAAACUCAGACGUCUCGUGAAGAGUUAUCAACCGAAGAAGAAGGAGGAGGAGGAUUAUCAGUACAGUCCUUGUCGGGCGUUCAAGCUGGAGCUGAACGAGGUGAACGACCAGGCCGGCCAGCGGGAGCUGAUCGCAGAGAACCUCCAGGCUAAUGUCCUGCGAGAACUCAAUAUUUUGGUGAAGGACUUCAAGGAGGAUCGCAAAAAACAUCUGCAGGAGGGCGCCAGACUGAUGGCUACCCUGGCUGGCCAGAUCGGGAACCUGGAACGGGCGAGGAAGGCCUACGAGAAGGCUUUCCGGGAAGCGGAACGCGCUGUGGAAAAUUAUCAGCGAGCGGACGCGGAUCUCAAUCUGUCAAGAGCAGAGGUGGAGAAGCAGAGGAUGAAUAUGACCAUGAAGACUCAGCAGAGCGAGGAGGCGAAAACGGAGUACGCGAAUCAACUGCAAAAAACGAAUGACAUGCAGACGCAACACUACCACACGGCGAUGCCGGAAGUGUUUCAGCAUCUUCAGGAGUUGGACGAGAAGAGGAUAAAGAAUAUGCGGAACUACAUGAUGAAGUCGGUGGAAAUCGAGCGGGCGGUCGCGCCGAUAAUCGCUCAGUGCCUGGACGGUAUCGAGAAGGCGGCGAACGAGAUCAACGAGAAGGAGGACACGAUGCUGGUGAUCGAGCGUUACAAGAGCGGCUUCCAGCCGCCCGGGGAUUUUCCCUUCGAGGAUCUGUCGGUCGCGAAGAACUACGAUAGCAACAGCCAGCUGGCCCAGCCUGUCAUGCAGCCGAUUCACAAUCAUCUUACGGUGAAGGGCACCGUUUCCGGUGGCAAAAUUAAGAAGAGAGUCGGCCUCUUCGGCAUCUUUAGCAGCAAUAAGCAGAAGUUGAUCGAGGUGUGCAUAGCUUUAAAGAACAAUGUGCCUGGCUAUGGUGACGGGGCGAAGGAGGACUGCAGCGAUCUGCCGCCGAAUCAGCGGAAGAAGCGACUUCAGCAACGACUGGACGAGAUCCAGGCGAAGAUCCAGCAGGAGACGGCGGCCAGGGACGGUCUGAUGAAGAUGAAGGGUGUCUACGAGCAGAAUCCCGCCCUCGGGGAUCCGAUGAGCAUAGAGGGACAGUUGAACCAGUCCAGCAACAAACUGGACAAGCUCGGAGCUGAAUUGGCAAAGUUUCAAGGCUACCUCGAAGAAGCGAUGCGCGCCGGCGUCAGUUUGUCUAGCCCAAGCCAGGCACCGCGAAAAACUACCAACGGCUCGGCGACGAGGCCGUUGAGUUCACGAAGAGGAUCACACUCGGGCGGCGAGGAGAGCCUUUCGAGAUCCGCGUCUGAUUCGAGUGUCAGUAACGCGAACGCAAAUCAACCGGUUCAUAAAAAGAGUGCGCCAGGCACCCCACAACCGACUCAUGGUUCCACGAAUAGCCCGGAAUCUGGUCUCGGCGAGUCGAGAACGUCGCUACCUGGCAGCGGUUGCGAGGAAUAUUACCCGGACGAGGUGGACGCUCAGCCGCCACUGGGGACAUGUCGGGCGCUUUAUCCUUUCGAUGCGACCAGCGAGGGUUCUAUACCGAUGUAUGACGGCGAGGAGCUGUACAUGAUUGAAUUAGAUCAGGGAGACGGGUGGACUAGAGUGCGACGCAUUUCGCAGCCAAUUGAGGGCUUUGUGCCGACCUCGUACAUAGAGUGUCAUCUGUACAACACUUAGCCGCUUCUCCUAAGUUGUUAAAAGAAAAUUACGGAACGCGAAAUUAGGAGAUUAUUAAGGAAGGAGAUUAUUAAUCGAAGACGGUGCGCGAGAUUCGUUCAGUGCCGUUGAAGACUCUAAGGUAAAAUGUGUUGGUCGAAUUAACAUAUGGGGAUGUCGGUGACAGAUCGCAGGCCUAAUCGAAAAGGACGGGCAAGAAGAGAAGAAGAUAAAAGAAUCCCUAAAAAUGUAUUCAAACAAAUUUUUGGACCGAACUGCGUGGAGAACCAAGAAAUGUGGGCGAACAAGUCAAAUGUACGCCCUAUUGACAUUUCAGCGAAUCCCAGGAUUUACGAAUCCGAGAAUAGAACCCCCAGAAUUCGCCGAAUUGAAUCAUCGCAUGCCAAUAAUGUUCUCUCGGCGAAGUCACGUGAAU